AUGGAUGAGUUCUUCCAAUUAUACAACUUUGAUUGGGAUAUGGAAUGGCCUAAGGAGGCUGUUUUGGUGAAUACAAGCGCUUUUGUUAGGUACAUAAAACAACCCAUUGGAGAGCUUGCACCAAGGAGCCAUGGCAAUGGACUGAAUCAUCAGAACGUAAACAAGAGGAUGAUUGAGUUCUUGAAGAAGACAUCUACCAGGAUGAGGGUCGAGACAACUAUUGAAACCGAGAGCACAAGAAGCCAUAAGCAUGCGAUCAGUGAGAGAAUGAGAAGAGAGAAGCACAAGCAAAGUUACUUAGCAUUGCAUAAGCUGUUGCCCCUUGGAACUAAGAGUGAUAAGAACUCAAUACUCCACAUGGCAGCCAAGAAUAUUGAGGAAUUGCAGAAGAACAAGGAGGAGUUGGAGAGGAGAAACGGUGAACUGGAGAUGGUUUUGGCUGGAAAAGUUAAUGAAAUUAAGGAAGAAAAGGCUCUAAUUAAGUUAAAAGUAGCAAAUCCAGCAUCAGGAAUUGAUUCUAUGCUGGAGGUUCUUAGAUGUUUGGAAAAUACUGGAUCCAAAGUAUCAUCUCGCUGCAGCCAUCUCAGAUUCUGGCAUCAUCUCGCUGCAGCCGUCUCAGAUUCUGCUCCGCAAUCCUCUUCAAGGGUGGUUGAAAUUGCUCUGGAGUUUAGACAUCCCAAGCAAGACAAAAAAUUUCAUAUGGAAGGCGUUUGUAGAAAUUCUGCCGACAUAGUUCAAUCUAUGGCGGAGACAUUCCAAUUGAGAUGGAAACAAACCUUCCACACUCCAGUCCGGUGUGAACGUUAUGAUGCUAUUUGGCGUGAAAUUAAAUUUGCUGAUAUGGCGAUGAGCUUUAAAGAAGAUAAGAUUAGGAAAUUGCUGCUAUGGGCAAGGAAAAAUUUGUCCAGGGAGAUGGACUUGUUUGGAGGUGAUAUGGAGACGUUGGAAUGA